UGACAGGCGAGGGAUCAGCAUGGACUUGGGAACUAGCGAAGACGACAUAGCGGAGCGGAUGGACUGGUACAACCAAAUCACGUACUUCAUCAUGGAAGCCGUCAUUAGGAACAUAAAGGAUGUGAACGUCUCGAACGUGUGGAAGCUCCUGCUCGCGUACAAGGAUAUGAUUCGCUCCGUGGAAUACUUCGGCAUCGUUAUGGUGGAAGGUCUCUACUUCUUCGGCAAAGGGAGCCUCAACCAAGCGAGAUUCAUCAACUACAUCACCUACGACGUCCUCGCGUGGAAGUCUCUGAACCAGACAAAGGAUUUCGUCCAGUAUAUCGAGGAGAAGGUGGAGCUGUUCGAGAGUCAAUACGUGGAGUAUAGAAACAUCACGGAGUGGCGAGAUCUGAUUAGAGGCAACGUGGAACAGGCGAUGAACCUGGUUGUUGCAGACGACUAUUUCUAUGCAAUGAAGCGGUUUACGGAAGAGCUGACAAGUCUGCAGUGGUAUCUGCUAGGCGUGAUAAAGGAGUACAUGGUCGAUGAGACAGCCUACGCGGACACGCAAGUAACGCUGUCGAUCAUUGUGCUUGUCAUUGUCUUCAUUAUCUCGCCGAUCAUCAUUAUUUUCGCCUCGACUCUGACCGUCAAGGGAAUGGAACUGAAGCGAGAGAAGCGGAGAUGCGACCGACUGAUCCACCAGAUGCUGCCCAAAGCCGUGGCGAUACAGCUGAAGAAGAAAAAAAUGGUGCCGGCCGAAAGUUUCAAGGAAGUCUCUGUGUACUUCAGUGACAUCGUCGGCUUCACGAAUAUCUGUUCGGAGUCGGAACCUAUUCAGGUGAUCUCUCUUCUGAACUCUCUCUACAACAUGUUCGAUUCUCGCAUUGAGAAGUAUGACGUGUACAAAGUAGAGACGAUCGGGGAUGCAUACAUGGUGGUAUCCGGUCUGCCUCAUCCUAAUGGUUCCCGCCACGCCGCCGAGCUGGCCAACAUGGCGCUCGACCUGCUCGACGGCGCGCGCUCCUUCGUCAUCCCGCACCGCCCCGACAGGCCGCUCGAAAUCCGCGCUGGGAUAAACUCCGGGCCGUGCGUGGCAGGAGUGGUUGGGACUAAGAUGCCGCGCUACUGUCUCUUUGGGGACACUGUGAACGUAGCGAGUAGGAUGGAAAGCACGGGAGAAGCCAUGGAGAUCCACAUCAGCCAGACGACGAAGCAAAUUCUAGAACAGAUGGAUGGCUAUGCGUUCGAGUUCCGAGGGUACAUGGAGGUGAAGGGUAAAGGUUCCAUGCCGACCUUCUGGCUCCGCAAAGGCCCUCCCACCGGCCCGAAGACCAUCACGCUGCCGCAGUGAGAGACCUUUCGAGGAGGAAGGACACAGGCCAGCGCUCGACGGAUCCGGAAGGGUGAAGAAGCGGAUCGACGUCGAGUGCCUGCUUUUU